AUGAGGAAAAAACCUGACAGGCAAGGCCGUCCAGGAUAUAAGGGACCCUCCAGGUUGGCCUCGGCCUCUACCCCACCCUAUAUCCUCCCCACUUAUCUGCUGUUGUUCUUGUUUGCCCUGCUGCAGAUUCUUGUGUUGCCUGCCGGGAGCUCUCCUGCUCCUCUUUCAUUGAAUAAAGACCAACUUAAAACCCUAAUUAAUAAAUCUCCUGGACGCUGGUACCCUAUGAAGGGGCCAGGGAUGAAGGAAACGCUUCAAUUCAAACCCUUUUGCUGGCAUUCUGGCUUGUUUGAUAAAUGUGUGCUCUCAUUGCAAAAAUGCUCGUGA